AUGGGAAGCCAAAAUAUUAGUCUUCAAAAUCAAACAUCACACAUAUUCAAUGGAAGUGGUCCCGUCAACAAUUUUACCGACCAUGAUGACGAAAUCAUUUCUUGGAUGGACUCUUACGGUUAUGGAAUCUUCCUCUGUAUGAAUUAUUUCAUAGGGAUUGUGGGUAAUACCCUUUCGUCUGUGGUAUUGUACCAGCUAUCGAAAAUAUCUUCGUUCUACUUGUACCUCGCAAUUCUCGCCUUAUCUGACCUGUCUUUGUCAAUUUGCGGCGCGAUCACCAAUUUGCUGGAUUUCACUAAACUAGAGAGUUAUAAGAUCGACAUCAAAUGGUUGUGCUCUGCGGAAUCCGCCUUCAUAUUAAUAUUCUCGCAUCUAUCCUCCUGGGUAACGGUAGCCGUAACUUUCGAUCGCUAUGUUGCAGUCUGCCACCCCUUUAAUGCCAUCAAGUAUUGUACCAGAAGGCGUGCGCUUAUUUACAUCUGUACGGUCUUUCUUGUUAUUGUUGCUGUCAAUUUUCCGAUUAUUUGUUUCAAAUGGGAUGAAGAAGGCUCCUCAUGUGUUUUUCCAGAAUUCACCAAUGACUAUUGCUUUAAAUACAGCAUCUAUAUAGAUACGUGUAGCUACGUUCUGAUUCCUUUCUGUUUAAUAUGUGCCCUCAACACUCUUACUAUUCAGGGUAUCUACAAGGCAGCUAGCAGGAGACGCAAUCUGACUGCAAACAGUGGGAAUGUUUCAUCUUCAAUAGCCAACAUGAAGGAUUCCAACAUGAGAACAAUUACCAUGCUUUUUACAGUUACGACCUUCUUUAUCGUCACAUUUCUUCCGUUCGUCUUUGUAUCCGUGUACGGAAUGAUUUACAGCGAAAACUUGUUCACUAUGAAAGAACUGAUCCCAGUUGCCGAUACCAUCGCAUACCUGGCCACUCAGCUGAAUCAUUCUUUGAAUUUCAUUAUGUAUGGCUUAUCAGGAAAGCGUUUUCGGGAUAAGUUUUUGGAAACAUUUUGUUGUCGACGUAACGUGAGAAGAUCCCAAACCAAAUGA